UGUGCAGUCUGUAUGUUGAUUUUGGCAGAAACAAUUUUGUGGAGUUUCCGGUGUUCACGUUUUCUAACGUAGUGUCUAGCUUGGGAUAUCGGAAAGAAUAUCAUAUAUGCUCUAGUAACUGUUUAUCCUUGCAACUGCUGUAAAAUAGUUCGAGUUAGUUUUGAUUGGUAACACGUUCCUGCUACAGGAGUUUGUUGGUGGGCGUUUUUUUCCUGCAUUUGCUGGUGCUGGAUGCCCUGAUAAAGAGAGAGAGAAAGUUGGACUUUAUUGAUGGAAAUGUCAGAAGAUGAUAUUAAUACAGAAGAAUACCCCACUGAAAUUCAUGAUUAUCUUGCAGCAUUUGAAAAAUCUCUUGGUUCUGUAGAUGAGAUGCUGAAGACAAUGAUGUCAGUUUCCAGGAGUGAGCUUCUCCAAAAGUUAGAGCCUCUUGAGCAAGCAAAGCUGGAUUUGGUUUCGGUAUACACAUUAAAUUCAAUGUUCUGGGUAUACUUGGCUACUCAGGGAAUCAAUCCAAAGGAACAUCCAGUGAAACAAGAACUGGAGAGAAUAAGAACAUACAUGAACAAGGUCAAAGAAAUAGCAGACAAGAAAAAGGCAUCCAAACUUGAUAAAGGAGCUGCUUCUAGAUUUGUAAGAAAUGCACUCUGGGAACCAAACGCUGAAAAUGAACAUACCUCCAAAACUCCUGCUAAAGGAAAAAAGAGAAAGAUGGACUAAAUUUUUGUUUCCCCUUAUAUAAAUCUGAGACACCUAGAACCUAUUUCAAAAUUUGUUUUGCAUACUGUAUGCAUCUUGCAGAGGUGCUGUAUAGCAACAUCUUGAUUAAGUUAUGCUUAAGAAUUUUACAGGAUUGUAUUUUUUCCAGAACACUUGUCACUGAUGUAAUCACAUUAUAUGUGUAUCUGAAAGUGCCAUUUGAUGCGAGAGAAGUAACAUUUCGUUAUUGAAGUAAUAAUGACCUGACAUAGGCUUGCUGGUAAUACAUACUAGUGAUGUUUUGCUCAUAAUGCCUAAGAAUUCUUUUUUUUUUUUUUUAACUGCUGAAUGAUUGACACUUUUUUAUAUGUACUUA